AUGGAGGACAGGAUUCAGUUCGACAUCAACGACUCGCUCAAGUAUUACUUGAGUGACCCCGCGACACUCCCAACCCCGGAUGCAGACCCGGAACUGCUGGAUUGCGAAUCGGAUCCCGAGUCAAUUUCGCCCGCGCUGAUUGACAAUGUUUUGAACCCGAUUGUGGACGCGGUAGCGGAGAACCCUGAGGGAUUAACGAGAUCAUCCGUAUUUGACUCCCUACAAUUUUUGCUAAAGUGCGCCCCGGUCCCUUCCCAACUUACCCAUGGAGGCUUUCGCCCGUCAGGAAUCGACUCUGACGAACCUUUUCACACUUGCAGAUAUUCCACGGUCCUUCCCACAAAAUCCUUGAGCAAACUUCUAGAUUUGGUCGUUUCUGGCCUCUCCGUCGAGGCCGACAUCAUCCAUGGAGACUUGGAGUCAGACGAACAGGAUGCCAUCCAGGCCCACAAGCAGCUGCUGGAAAUGUACGGAUUCCUUUUGCAGUGGGCCCUUUCUGCUGUCGAGGUAAAGGCAGCAGAAAAGCCAACCGAGGCAGCUCCUGUGCGACGAGGAGGACCCAAGUCCAAGAAAUCGGCCAAGGACGGACAAUGGGACUGGACGCCGCAGAUCCAAAUAUCCAUGGAGACCAUGUGCAAGGUGAUGAAGCUCAAACUCGGACGCAUUUUCCUGACGACUUCGGAUCGGGAUACCUUUAUUAAUCUCUUCACGCGCACCAUCUAUCUGGUUCUCGAGAGUGAGCAGCGGGUGAAGAGCAUGGCUAUUCGCAUGCACGCCUUCAAGGUCCUGUGUAUUGCAGUGAAGCACCACGGUCAUGCAUUUGGUGCCCAAACGUCGAUUGUGCAAAGUUUGACCUACUUUGAACACUUGUCUGAGCCUAUGGCCGAGUUUCUGCAUAUUCUGGCAGAACAAUACGACUACCCGCAGCUCUCCGAUGAAAUUUUGAAGGAACUUGGAAACAAGGAAUUCAAUUCUAAUGACACAAGAGGGCCCAAGUCUGUUUCGUCAUUCAUCAUCAAGCUGUCUGAGCUUGCCCCCAGAUUAAUCAUCAAGCAAAUGACACUUCUGGCAAAGCAGCUUGAUAGUGAGGCAUACACACUCCGCUGUGCAGUAAUCGAGGUUUGUGGAAACCUCAUUGCUGAUCUUAGCCGACAAGAAGAACCCAGCGACAACUACAAAACCCAGAUCAACGCCUUUUUCGAUGUACUGGAAGAGCGUUUCCUCGAUAUCAACCCUUACUGCCGCUGCCGUGCGAUCCAGGUAUUUAUGCGAAUUUGUGAUCUUGAGCAAAAGUUCCCCAAGAGACGACAGUCCGCGGCUCAGCUGGCGACUCGAAGCUUGGAGGACAAGAGCAGUAACGUCCGACGUAAUGCAAUUAAACUCUUGUCCAAGCUUGUCUCCACGCACCCAUUCAGUGUGAUGCACGGCGGGCAGCUUUCAUACAAGGAGUGGAAUGAGAGACUCGACGCAGUUGACGCCGAGCUGAAUUCUCUUCGCCCUGCGGAGACCCCUGGCUUUGAUGCAGGCGAUAUGACGCAGGUCGACCCUGAGCUGCUUGACGAUGCUACACAGCUGCCAGACGACUCACCCUCGAAAGCACCCCGAUUGACUGAAGAAGAAAAGGCUGUGGCAAUUCAGAAGGCCCAAGAACAGGCUGCAACUUCCGAGCUGUUGACACGGCUCCAGCUGACCAGAAAAUAUUACAAUGAGGCCAUCCGCUUCAUUGAAGUACUUCACUCGGCGUCUACCAUUGUCUCGCAAUUGUUAUCUUCGCGGAACAAGAGCGAGGUUAUCGAAGCCAUGGACUUUUUUGUCGUUCUUGAUGCGUACAAGAUUGAAACGGCCCGUGGUGGAAUUCGUCGCAUGCUGCGUCUGAUCUGGACCAAGGGCAACAGUGACGAAGGAAAGGGUGUCCAAACACAUCUGAUUGACUGCUACAAAGGUCUUUUCUUUGAUGCGCCAGGCUCUUUCAGUCCCAACGAUGCCGCCAAUUAUAUUGCUCGCAACAUGAUCAGUCUGACAUUUGGUGCGACACCUGCAGAACUGACCUGUCUCGAACAACUGCUCAGCACCAUGAUGAAGGCUGGAAAUAUAUCAGAGGCAGUCAUUGCCAAGCUAUGGCAGGUUUAUGGCAUCCAGAAAAAGGAGAUCUCGCGGACUCAGCGCCGGGGUUCGAUUAUAGUGCUCGGCAUGCUAGCUCUAGCAGACCCCGAAGUUGUGGUCAAGGAGAUCGAAGCCAUGCUGCGUAUUGGCUUGAGUGGUCAUGGCAAGUCUGACCUCGUGCUCGCCAAGUAUACUUGUAUCGCUCUGCGACGCAUGAUUCCUGGGCGACAAGCCAAGUCAAAGGAAGUUGGAGUUACCAAACUUCCCAGUGACCACUCCGUGUUGGUCAAGCUUGCUGCCAUGCUCGAGAUUGAGACAAACAGCAAGGAAUGGUAUGGAGUAGCAGAGCACGCGCUCAAUGCGAUCUAUACUCUCUCCAAGCACCCGGAUGUGCUCUGCUCAGACAUUCUUCGACGGAAAACAAUCUUCGUCUUCCAGCCACACCUUCAACAGCGCCCACCUUCCUCCCAUACCUCCGCUGCUGAUGGCGAAGAGGAGCGUCCUGGAACCGCAUCAACUGAGGGACAGGGCUCCAAACCCAAGCCAGCCUCCGCAGCGCUUUCGCAAUUGCUGUACGUUGUUGGUCACAUCGCAAUUAAGCAGAUUGUUCAUCUUGAACUGUGCGAACUCGACUUUAAGCGUCGUAAGGUUGAACAGGAGAAGAAGAAGGCUGCCUCCGCCCCUCAAAAGGAAGACAAUGCCGACGAGGACGAGCUUGAUCUCAUCGGUGGAACUACCGAAGAUGAUUUCCAGGAUGCUAUGGCCCACAUCCGAGAACGUGAACUUCUUUACGGAGAGAACUCUCUUCUGGCCAAGUUUGGUCCCCUUGUAACAGAGAUUUUGGCCAACAACAAUGCCUAUCCGGAUCGUGAUCUGCAAGCCUCUGCGACUCUGUGCUUGGCCAAGCUCAUGUGCGUUUCUGCCGAGUACUGCGAGAAGAACUUACCACUUCUUAUCACGAUCAUGGAACGGUCCGAGGACCCGAUUGUGCGUAGCAACGCUGUGAUUGCCCUCGGUGACAUGGCCGUCUGCUUCAACCAUCUGAUCGACGAGAACACCGACUUCCUCUAUCGUCGCUUGAAUGACGAUGACGAUUCUGUCAAGCGGACCUGUCUCAUGACUCUCACCUUCCUCAUUCUGGCUGGUCAAGUCAAGGUCAAGGGACAGUUGGGUGAAAUGGCCAAGUGCCUGGAGGACGACGACAAGAAGAUCGCGGAUCUGGCUCGCAUGUUCUUCACCGAACUUGCAACCAAGGACAAUGCAGUCUACAACCACUUUGUCGACAUGUUCAGUCUGUUGAGUGCAGAGCGCAAUCUAGAGGAGGCCUCUCUCCGCCGCAUUGUCAAAUUCUUGAUCGGCUUUGUCGAAAAGGAAAAACACGCCCGCCAGCUGGCCGACAAAUUGGCUGCUCGACUUCCUCGGUGCGAGACAGAACGCCAAUGGAACGAUGUCGCCUACGCCCUGUCUCUUUUACCGCACAAGAACGAGGAGAUCACCAAGACCGUCAGUACCGGGUUCAAGGUUGUCGGUGCGGCAGCCUAA